GCUUGACACUCAGGGGCCGUGUAUGGGAUGUUGGGAAAACAAGGAUUUUCUGAAGUACAUCAUAUGCAGAGCAAUACGGGAAAAGGCUCGGGGAAUGCUUGGUUGUCACACCAAGCAUGCUAACUCAUUUUCUGUCUCAAAGUUUAUACAGAAGAUGGAGAGGCGCCUUGAUGAAAUACAGAUCUGGCUGGGACUUGAUGACAGUAGCACUAAACAAUGGAAGAUCCUUGGUGAAGAGUUUUUGAAGAGAUGCAUUGACCAAACUGAGGCAGAGGAGUUGAGCUUGGAGGGUAUAGCUGACAAGUUUCCUGUCACUUGGAAUAAUUACCUUAAAACAACUGGACAAUCUGACAAAAUAGAAUCAAAAUGGAGGACAACUAAUACAUUGGAUUCUGAGCAGACGACAUGA